CUCUACCUGGCAGGAGACACAGAAAGCACUGACCUCUGGACCCCCACAGGGACAUCUGACAGACUGCCCUGAUUCCAAUGGAGACCCUAAGAGGACCUCUGAAGAACCAGGACUUACUCCCAACAAGAUCACCGAGCUGGCUCGACCAAUGCAGGACGCCGCUGGCUGUGUCACUAGAUGAUCAGAGCACACCUUCGGGCAAAGGUGCGCCGAGGAACGGCUGCAGCUUCGAAGAUGACCUUUCUCUGGGAGCUGAAGCUGACCAUCUUCAGUCCAGCAGCAAGAAGACUGGAUCCUGUGGCAGUCUGGCUGCCGAUCAGAAGAGGAAUCAGUACAAAGAAAAAGGACGAAGUAUGAACUCCACCGGGUCUGGAAAGAGCAGCACUGUGUCCAGUGUGUCGGAGCUGCUGGACCUGUACGAGGAGGACCCAGAGGAGAUCCUGCUGAAUCUGGGUUUUGGGAGGGAUGAGCCUGACAUGUCCUCCAAGAUCCCAUCCAGAUUCUUCAACAGCUCAUCGGCAGCGCGCGGCAUCGACAUAAAAGUGUACCUGGGAGCUCAGCUUCAGCGUAUGGAGGUGGAGAACCCAAACUACGCUCUGACAAGUCGCUUCCGUCAGAUUGAGGUCUUGACCACGGUGGCCAAUCAGUUCAUCCAUCUUUACGGCCACGUGUCCGGUCAGCCCGUCCAGAGCGUCAGCAGCAUCAGUGGCAGCAGGGAUCAAGGAGGAGGAGAGGUCGCCAAAGACCAGUCGCCGCCGUCCCUUUUUCAGAGGAGAACCUCUGCUCAGAAUGUGGCCGACCGUCUGAAGAAGAGCCUGAGCAAACACAAUCUGCUGAUGGCGUCACCCAGUCCGCCGGGCCGGCCCGCUGACAAAGCGCCACCUGCUCUUGCCAACGGGCACAGCGGGCAUCUCUACAACGGGCAUCCCGCACAAGAUGGCGACGAGCAGCACGUCGAAAAGCACAUCCGCAAGAAGGACAGCUGCUCGUUGGCCACUGUCACCGAGGAAGGUGGCGGUAGUGGUGACGGCGAGGUGGAGCAACACACAUACCACAGACAAAAUGGACCCGGCGGUGAGCCCGAAUCCGCUGACACUACAUCGACAAAUCAGAGUGCAGAUGAGCCACGGGCCAGUGGCGCAGAGGAGAAGAGCAAAACCAUAAACCCUGACAAGGCCCUGCCCGACAAGGCGCCACCUGCUCAAGGGGAGGGCCCUCUGCCGUCCACCCUGCUAGCUCAGUUGCGCCCGGAGAACGCAGACUCCUUCGACAUGGAGGAGAUUCAGAGUAACGAGGAUGAAGCUCUACUAUCCAGUACAUCCAGAAGUUCAGAUUUGCUGAGGACUGUGAGCCAGCAGUCGGACAGCAGCGGCUUUGCGGAGGAGACGUCGUCCGUGGAUGCCAGCAACCUCAAGGUUCAGGAGAGCAGUGACAGCUGUGACAGCGAAACCACAGUGACAUCGCACCCCUCGCAGGACGUAGCGACACCCAUCGCUUUGGACCAACCGGCGUUCAACUUGCCAGAUACCCGGGCCGAGGAGUUGGAACUCACUUCUGGUGCCAGGGCUACAGCCGUGUCCAUUGGGAGUUCCCAGAAACAGGAAAAGGAUGAAAAAUGCGAUGAGAAUUCAGAGCUGGUGCCGCAGUACAAGGCCCACCAGCUUCCCACAAACAUUCUAGCGAGGGAUGAAAGGCCGGGUGGCAGCGGCCCGGAACCUCAGGAAGAUCCCAAACAGGAACAGAUACAAGCUUUGCAAGAUGAUACCCAAAGGGAUCUGCCUCAAUUGGAUCCGCCACCCUUGGAUCCGCCACCUUUGGAUCCGUUGUCUUGGAAUCCGCCGCGCUUGGAUCUGUCGUCUUUGGAUCCACAGACCUUGGAUUCGCUGCCCUCAGAUCCGCAGCCCUCAGAGCCUCUGUCCUCAGAGCCUCUGUCCUCAAAUCUGCCCUCACAUUCACCGUCCUUGGAUCCGCCACCCUCAGAUCAUCCCCUCAGUCUCCAAACGCUGUCACCCCCGGAUCAUCCUUUCUGUCUCCCCACACAGGACUCCCCCGUCCUGAGUGCGCUGAGUCGCGUCAAACAGCGUUUGGGUGACGUAGGUCCAUGCCCAAGCAGAAGGCGUCGUCGAGACGGUCUUCCCUUGCAGAGGUCAUCUUCUCUCCCGUCCUCGCUGCUGUCCCCCACCAGGGUGGUGUCCUCCGUCAAGGUCCAGUUAGGACGAGGCCGGGCGUUUUGCAGCCAGCCCCGCUACGCCUUCCGCUACAUCCAGGAGCCCAACGCCAACCCGAAGACUGCCGACGUGCCCACCUGCAUCUCCACCCUGGUCAUCAAGAACACCUUGGAGUCCGACCACCAAGAUUCUGCCCCGCCCAAAGCCGCCCCCCGUCCACUCAUGCGCUCAUCACGUUCGCUGAGAUCUACCAGCCCUCCCACCGAUUGGCCCUGGAUCACCCAGAGUGUCCCCGAUCUUUCCUCCAAUCAGGAGCAGUUCGGACACUACGGGCAGGGCGGGACCCCUAAUCCGGGACCGGAUACCUUCCUCUCCCCCAGUCCUAGCCACAGACCAGAGACUCCUAUAUCUGUCCCCCCUGUGAACCCAUCCCUGCUGUACCCCACGCCUUUUCAUCCCUACGCCAGUCUCCCCAAUCUACUCCACCCUUAUUCCAACCACUUCCCAUUGCACCAGCCCCCCAUGGGUACACCCCCCUACUCCGAUAGCCUGUGGAACCUCCCUUCAGGAACUCCUCCUAUGCCCCACCACUACGGCGGCAACUACCACAUAGCGUAUCAUUCCCUUCCCCACAGCCCGCCCUAUCUGGGUUACCAUGGUUACGACCUCAGCCCCUUCCCCCCAUUGGCCCCGGACCACAUCAUGCAUCGGGGUGGCGCCCCUCCUGGGCCGGGCUUCCACUCAGAUCUUGGCCAGGAUCACAGCCCCCACCGCGGUCUCGUGAAUAGCUCUCACCCGGGUCAUAAUCUUGGUCAGAGCCCCCACCAAGGUUUUGGUAAUAGCUCCCACCCAGGUCAUAAUCUGGGCAUCCACCCAGGUCAUAAUCUGGGCCUCCACCCAGUUGUCAGCCAGGGUCACAGCUCCUACAAUGGUGUUGGCAAUAGCCUUCACCUGGGUCAUAGUCUUGGUCACAGCCCCUACCUAGGUGUCAGCCCAGGCCAUAGCCCCUACACGGGUCAUAAUCUGCCUCACAACCCUCACCCGGGUCUCGAGCCAGGUCACAGCCCCCACCCGAGUCACAGCCUGGGUCCUGGUCAUAGCCCCCACGUGGGCUUUGAGUCCGGGUUCCAGUCACGGUCGUCUGGUACGGAGAUGCAGCUAAGGAGGGUUCUACAUGAAAUCAGAGGGACCGUACAUAGUCUGAACCAGCACCACGCGGACACCUCUGACGUGUGCCUCGAAGCCUCCUGCCAACAUGCCCUGGAAGCGCUCCAGCAGAAGCGGCGGAGUCUGGGCCUGUUUCGGGCCCAGAUGAUGGACCUAGAGCUGUCCAUUGUCCGCCAGCAGGCCCUCGUCUACAAACACCUGAGCCCUGCUGACAGGUUGGAGGUGGAGCAGCUUGAAUCUCUGCGGUCAGCCAUCAGAGAAGAACUGCUAGAGUUGGAACAACAGCUGGAGGAUAAACUGAUGGAGCUGACGCAACAAGCAGCGCCACGCAAGGGCGUCAGCAUGGACAACGUGUCCACCAACUCAGCACUCAGAGCCAUGGAGCCGGUCUCAGACCUCCUAAGGGAGCAGUUCCUCCUCCAAUCGGAACUGAGCUACGACGAUCACGCUGCCUCCUCCACACCCUCUUCGGUGCCUUCCUCGCGCCCCUGCAGCCCGACAUCGGGUGUAGGUGGCAGCCAGCAGAGACCCGGCGUGUACCGUGCAUCCAUCACCAUCACCCCAGUGCCGCCUCCUCGCCCCGACAGGUUGCGAUACCAGCGAGAGGAAGAGGAGGAGGGAGCGGGCGACAAAGAUAAAGCACUGGAAGAAGCGGUAGCAGCAGGACUCUGCAGGGACAACCUGCACCAGCUCAUUACAGAGAUCCGUGAGAGCGUGACACAGGAAGUGCGGCGGGAGAUCUUCAAUGAGCUCAUGGCGGCCACUGGGGCACCCUGCCCGUAGCCCGCCCAGCAGCCCCUGACCCGUACUGCAUGUUUGGAACACUGUCGGAGAGCAUCACUGAAUGUCUACUACACUGCAUUGGGAGAUAGCACACCAGCCAUCAACAACCUGCCAGCAACAACCAGACAACAAACAUGCUCAAACAACCACCAGCAACCAACAACCAGCCACGUCUGAGGGAAGCACUUCCACUUUUUAGUUUGUUUUUGUUUUGUCAUUUUGCUGGUGUUAACUGUUGUCCCUUUAACUACGAAACACUGCCGACACAAAGACCAAAAAACCCAAACAUGACCACUCCGUAGGACCUGUCAGAAGGACUGAGACCGCGCAGCAGGACUGGAACCUGGACAUGAGCCAGCAACCACAAUCACUCAACUGGGAAAGCAAGCAAGCUUGGAACCUGUCAGAAACACCAGUACCAGUAAAAAGGACUGAUCUUUAGGACCAGAAAAACAACUUGGUCCUUGGCGCUGUGCCACGACCAGGAUCAGUUAGCAGGACCAGGACGUGUCAAUCAAAAAGUAAGACCAGGACAAGUCGGCAAGAUUGGUAGCAGCAAACAGGCCAGGUCAUCAGGACCUGUACCAUCAAAUAGAACCAAAACCACUUAAUAGGACAAAUGAAGUGGACUACACACCAAAACCAGAAUUGGGACCAGUAAACAGGACUUGGACCUGAAAGCAGGACCGGGACCAGGACCAGUCAGACAUCAACCAGUACUGCAACACUUUUUUUUUUAAACCACAACUCACCACAGUGUCACACAACUACACAACAGAAGGGAUAUGUGUGUGUGUGUGUGUGUGUGUGUGUGUGUGCGCGCGCAUUACAUUAAUUCACUCCAUCAUCCACGACAUCACGUGUGAGAGUACCAUUAGCUCAUUCGAGUUAUCUGUUAGCGAGCGACCUUAGCUGUACUAUAGAUGUUCAAACUUGACCGAUUCGAACAUUUUUGUUGUUGUUUGGUAACAUGCGUACUAACACGCAAGCGACGUAUUAGCAGCUAGACAGCUACUGAAAAAUCACACUAGCUUCCAUGCUACUGUAAUUAAGCAGCUAACAUUAAUAUAAAUAAGAAGGCUGAAAUAAGGUUUAAACAAAUAUUGUUCCCAGCCAUGUUGCUAAGCCAGUGGUCCCCAAAUACUGCCCCCCCCC